AUGGUGGGACAAAGAAUCGCAAACUCUUUACUCAAGAGAUCAGCAUUUUCAACGGCAAUCAAUGUGCUACCAAACGAAGUGGCUGCAGUACCACAGCCGAGUACGGCGGCAAGGCCGGAACUCCGAUCGGCAGAUGCCGGCGGUCACGUAAAACCUUACUCCGACGUUCCGGGACCGAAGGAACUUCCCCUGAUAGGGAACAGCUGGCGUUUUGCCCCACUCAUCGGCCAGUAUCGCAUCGAAGAUCUGGACAAGGUGAUGUGCGAUCUGCAUCGACACUUUGGCAAGAUCGCCAAGGUGGGUGGCCUGAUCGGGCACCCGGACCUGCUGUUUGUUUUCGAUGCCGACCUAAUCCGGGACACUUUCAAAAAGGAGGAAGUUCAACCGCACCGGCCGGCCAUGCCGUCGCUGCGGAACUACAAAUCCAAGCUGCGAAAAAAUUUUUUCGGCGAUAACAUGGGACUGAUAGGAGUACACGGCGAAAAGUGGGAUGCAUUCCGCGCUCAGGUACAGCAAGUGAUGCUGCAGCCAUCGACAGCGAAAAAAUACAUCGCUCCACUCGACGAAAUUUCCUCCGAUUUUAUGUCCAGAAUACACGAAAUGCGGGACGAGAACAAUGAACUGCCGGGCGACUUUCUCCAUGAGCUCUACAAGUGGGCGCUCGAGUCGAUAGGACGUGUGGCGCUGGACACCCGGUUAGGCUGUGUGUCGAAAACGGGUAACGAGGAAUCGAAGCGAAUCAUCGACUCAAUCAACGCCUUCUUCUGGACCGUGGCGGAGGUCGAACUGCGGAUGCCCAUCUGGCGGAUAUACCAGACCAGUGCCUACAAAAAAUACAUCGGAGCGCUGGACACAUUCCGAGACCUCUGCAUGCGCCAUAUCAAUAUCGCUAUGGAAAAGAUGAACAACAGCAGCGAAGUGAAGAGCGAGGAGCAUAUUUCGAUAGUCGAGCGCAUCCUGCAGAAAACGAACAAUCCCAAAAUAGCGGCCGUCCUGGCGUUGGAUCUGAUUAUGGUUGGCGUUGAUACGACCUCGGUGGCUGCUACCUCGACCAUCUAUCAGCUCAGUCAGAACCCGGACAAGCAGGAAAUUUUGUUCAACGAAAUCAAACGCAGCCUGCCUACGACUGAUACGAAGUUUACGAUUUCGAUGCUGGAAACGAUGCCAUACCUGCGCGCCUGCAUCAAGGAAACUCUCAGAAUGUACCCGGUUGUGAUUGGCAACGGACGCAGCCUCCAGUCGGAUGCCGUUAUCGGAGGAUACCAUAUUCCCAAAGGGACCCAUGUUAUUUUCCCUCAUCUGGUCGUGUCUAAUCUGGAGGAGUACUUCCCGGAACCGGACCGCUUUCUGCCCGAACGGUGGCUCAAGCGCGGAGAGCUGAAGGAGCACGCCGGAUGUCCACACGCCGGCCAAAAAAUUCAUCCCUACGUAAGUCUACCCUUCGGUUACGGUCGACGAACCUGCAUCGGUCGGCGGUUCGCCGAAUGUGAGCUGCAAAUUCUACUGUCCAAGCUUUUCCGGCGGUACCAUGUCGAGUAUAACUACGAUAAACUAACCUACAAGGUGAACCCCACGUACAUCCCCGCCAACCCACUGAAGUUUAAACUAACGGAGCGCAGCGACUGA